UGAGGCGUUUGGGCGGGGCAUCGGACGAGCCAGCGCGCGGCUGUGGGCGGGGGAUCGAACCAGCCAGCUCGCGGCUGUGGUCUCAGACCAGGCGCUUGGGCGGGGGGGGAACCAGCCAGCGAUGGCGCCGGCACAGGUGUUUGGCAGUCGGGCGCUAUGCACCUCCUCCGCGCUAGGGCAUGCAGGACAACUUCUUCUCCCGCGCCCGCCCAAAUCUCACGGGUGGGCGGGAGUAUCUCCAUCUCUGAUCGGACGGCUGUCAUCUGUCGCAAGCGCUCGCGAGAAGAAUCUAGCAACCAGAGGCAGAGGCAGUCGUUCCCAGCAGCGAUACGGGCGAUUGUCAUUUUGGCGGGGUGGUGCUGCUGCAUGCGGCCGCCGCCGUACUAUCACCAAAUGGCGCGAGGCGUACUGCAAAACGCCAGAGUCAUGGAAAAGCCCGCGCUGUCCUUCCUUCUUCUCUUUGCCUACCGGUAGUAGGCGUCACAGUCACGUAUGCUGGCCCUCGCCGCCACCGUCGAAAAACGUUUUUUUCACAGGAUCGGCAGUUUUCACCGCGCCACCACCGUCGAAAAACGUUUUUGUCACAGGAUCGGCAGUUUUCACCGCCGGCAGAAGAUCAUCCUGGCUGGAUCUGAGCGGGAAGAACUCAUCACCGCAUCUGCCCAGUGACGUGGGAAACACGCCGGCUCCUGCUGGUUAUGCUGCUUUGUCUCGACCAGCUGGCUCUCUUCUACGGCUUAGAAUGCGCCACGUGGCAUCGUCAAAUUUGAAUUUGAGUGAAAGCAUCAUCAACGGCCUCCUCCCAAACUUGCCGAUCUCGCGAUUGCAAGCUGCAGAAGUCGUUAAGGACCACCACCGCCGACAGCUCUUCCUUCCGUUGUCUCAUCAGCCUCAUCGGCUAUGGCGGCGGCGACUGCGGCCGUCGCUGCGAUCGGCGUUCUCGUCGUCGGGUGUGGGAGCGGCUGCUGCUUGCGCCGCGUUGUGUCCGACUGUCGUCCAUGGCCGAUUGAAGGAGAGGAAGGUGGGGGGGACAGGCCCCGGGGUUGAUGGGAGGAGGAGGGGAGGGAGAGGUUUAUCGACUGGUAGAGUGCUUUGCAGCGCCGCAUCUCAGCAGGAAUACAUUCCCCUGAUAACGAGGGGUGAUGAUGGGGUGUUGCGCAUGAUUGACCCGCGGAAGCGGCGAAGCCAGGGCAAAGAGGAAGGUGUGGGGCAGGGAGUUGAGGACGACGCCCGCGCAAGCUCCGCGCGCGCCCGGGGUGGAGCAGGUGCCAAACCGAAUCCCCCGCCCGCCGUCGGGUCCGUUAACGACGCGGACUGGAGGCGGAGGCGGCGGACAAGCGCUAGAGAAGCGCGAGCGCGAGCGCGACCGAGCGUGCGCAGUACCGCUGUUGAACAAUCGCGGAAUGAUGAUGACAAUCAAUCCCUCCAGCAGCCAUCCGAUCCGGCGACGUCGACGGUUAAGGAUCGGAUAUCACUGCAAUUGAAAGCCACAAGAACGUUUUUCACCGAGAGAACGACCGGUGCCGAUGGGAAAACCAAUCGGCUAAGCAAAGUACUUGCCGCGGCUGGAGUUGCCUCCAGAAGAAGCUGUGAGGAUCUUAUUUUUGCGGGGAAAGUCACUGUCAAUGGCCAAGUAAUCACCGUUCCACAGACACAGGUGGAUCCACGAAAGGACUCGAUCUAUGUUAAUGGAAACCAGCUUCCCAGAAAGGCAGCACCGAAACUGUAUUUCAUCCUCAACAAACCGAAAGGGUACAUUUGCUCAAAUGCAGAGGGUGGCAAGAGGCUGGUCGUGGAUUUGUUUGAAGACUUCAUGGAUGAAUGGAGGAAGAAAAAUCCAGGAGUGCCAAAGCCACGCUUCUUCACUGUUGGUAGGCUGGAUGUUGCUACAACCGGUCUACUACUUGUAACCAACGAUGGAGAUUUUGCCCAGAAGGUCGCACACCCUUCAUCAGGCAUUACAAAAGAAUUGGCGAGGGGCGCACCCGAGAGGUUCGAGAGCUAAUGAAGGCAGCAGGAGUAGAGGUCAAGGCGCUUAAACGUGUGAGGAUUGGAAAUUUGCGUCUUCCGCGGAAGCUCAUGUACGUAUCAUGCAAACUCGAAAUUGCCCAAUUC